AUGAUCCCUCUGAGUACAGACAGAUGCAUGAUCCUCCCCCUGCAUGUGGUCCUGCAAGAACACUCCGACUGAGUCACAGCUGCCUGGAAACCAUUUCCACACAUCCAGCGCGAGUCUCCACCAGAGAAGAGUCACAUACAUCCAGUGAGGAGCAGCCGAGCUUCAGACUCCGAGCGACGGAACAGCAACAGGCUCAUUUUACGCACAUUCCCGUCGGACCCAGGGUUUGUCCAGAGACGCUGCGUCAGUGAAACUGAUAUUAAAAACCAGGCGGCAGCUCAUCUGAGGGAUCCGGACUCGAGUCGAAGAAAAGCAGGAGGGAAAGUCGAGAUUUCAGCGCGUGUGGAUCAACAUGUCUAAGCCCAAUUACUCCGGUGUUUUUCACAUGGUGGAACAGGAUAAUAUGGACGCCUACCUCGCAGCUUUAGAUAUCAACUUUGCUCUGAGGAAGAUUGUGUGUCUGCUGAAGCCCACCAAAGACAUCAUCCACGACCCGGCCACAGGAAGCAUGAAGAUCCGCACCAUCACCACCUUCAAGAACUUCAACAUGGAUUUCAAAAUCGGGGAAGAGUUCACUGAAGAUCUGCAGGCGGUGGACGGUCGAACCUGCCAGACUACGGUGAGCUGGGAUGGAAACAACCUGGUUUGUGUACAGCGAGGGGAGAAAGAAGGACGAGGCUGGACGCACUGGCUGGAGGGCGACAAGCUGCAUUUGGAGAUGAGAGUUCAAGGCGUGGUGGCCAAGCAAGUCUUCAAGAAGGCUGAUUGAAGUAAAUGAAGAAUUUUUCUCUUUAGUGGACAACCUCGAUUUAUUCUUAAUGGAAUAUAGUGAUGGACAUGGUACAACAUUUGAAUAAUGUUUAUAGUUUUGUUUUUUUUUCUUUUUAAAUCAACAUUAGUUUGAAGCAUCACAUGAGACCGAAUAUCUGUGAAAAUCACUGAUCUGUAUGUUUCUGUCCGAUGGUAUUAACUGAGAAGAGAGAAGCGGAACAGAAGAACUUGUGUAAACAUUCCCAUCGUGCUUCCUCCUGCAUCUGUCUUCAUAAUGUCAUAAACAAAUCAUACAUCU